ACUUUCUUCGUGCUUGUGUCAAGGACUCUUUCCAGGCAUCUGCAAUUGCUGCCUUUGUUGAGGCGUAUGGCUGGAAAAAUGUUGUUGUUGUCUACGAGGACGACAACUACGGUGCUGGGAUCCUCCCCUCCAUUACAGAUGCUCUUCAAGAUGUUGAGGCACAUAUCAUUUACCGUGCUGCCAUACCUGCUUCUUCUCCUGAUCAUCACAUUGAUGAGGAACUAUACAAGCUCAUGACCAUGCAGACACGUGUCUUUAUUGUUCAUAUGUUGCCAGGCCCUGCUUCCCAUUUCUUUGCUCGGGCUUCAGCAGCUGGUAUGAUGACUGAAGGGUAUGUAUGGAUUGUCACAGACAACGUCGGUAUUGUCCUUGAUGUACUUCCCCAACAUACUAUUGAAAACAUGCAGGGUGUUGUCGGUUUCCGGCCAUACGUUGCAAAUUCUGCAAGGAUCAUUGAUUUCAUGAGCCGAUUUGAUGCACGAUUCAGGGCCAAGUACCAUCAGGCUCAUGAUGUAAGGAUGGCAAGACCCACUGUAUUCCAGUUCUGGGCAUACGAUGUGGCAUGGACAGUUGCAACUGCAGUUGAGAAGGUUAAGAGAGUUGGAUUCUCAAAUAUAGGCUUUCAGACACCACAGGAUGUGGGCAAGAACUUAGUAAAUGGUCUCCUAGCCUCUCCUGUUGGGCCAGGAAUCCUUAGUUCCAUUUUGGAAGCAGACUUUGAUGGUUUGGCUGGGAGAUUCAGGUUUGUUGACAGGCAUUUGCAUGUUCCCAUUUAUGAGGUUGUCAAUGUGAUAGGAGAAAAAGCAAGAGGCCUUGGAUUUUGGAGUCCUGGUUCUGGACUCUUGAGGCUUUUAAACUCAAGCACUACCCAAGUCCAGGAUAAAUCCAUUGUAACUGCUGGCAAAAUUCUAAAACCCGUCAUUUGGCCGGGAGAUUCAACCACAGUGCCCAAAGGUUGGGACUUCCCAGUUAAUGCAAAAAUACUUAGGAUUGGUGUACCUGUAAGACAUGAGUUUAAAUUUUUUGUCAAUGUUGAGGCUAAUCAUAACACCAACGGAUCACGGGUUAGUGGCUACAGCAUUGAUAUCUUUGAGGCUGCUGUAAAUAAACUUCCAUAUGCUCUGCGUUAUGAGUACAUUCCCUAUGAUUGUGCCAAUUCUUAUGACCAGUUGAUAUCCCAGGUGUACUACAAGAAGUUUGAUGCAGCAGUGGGUGACGUGACAAUUAUCGCCAAUCGAUCUAGAUAUGUGGACUUCACGAUGCCAUACACAGAGUCUGGUGUCUCAAUGCUUGUCUUAGCUAAGAAUGAUGAUGAAACAACCAUGUGGAUCUUUUUAGAGCCUCUAACAAAGGACCUCUGGAUUGCCACUGUUUUCUUCAUCUUCUUCACCGGUCUUGUCGUGUGGAUGAUUGAAAAUCCUAAAAAUAAGAAAUUCCAAGGUUCAAAGUGGAAACAAUUCAGCACCGCUUUCUACUUCGCUUUCUCCACUUUGACCUUUUCUCAUGAUCAAAUUAUCAAGAAACUUCAUUCAAAAGUUGUGGUGGUGAUUUGGUGCUUCGUGGUGCUUGUGUUAGUACAGAGCUAUACUGCGAGCUUGUCAUCCUUGCUGACUGCACAGAGGCUCCAACCUUCGGUGACUGAUCCGAGGCAACUUUUGCGCAACGGAGAUUAUGUUGGAUACCAGAAUGGAUCAUUUGUGCAGGCGAUGCUUAGGAGACUCCGGUUUGAUGAGCGCAAGAUAAAGGUCAUAAGCACGUUGGAGGAAUACGCAAAAGCAUUGAAGGCAGGAUCAAAGAAUGGAGGGGUAUCAGCUAUCUUUGAUGAGAACCCUUAUCUGAAUUCUUUCAUCGCACAGUACGGAAAAGAGUUCCAAAUAGUUGGUCCCAUCGACAGGACUGAUGGAUUUGGUUUUGUUUUCCCUAGAGGCUCCCCAUUGGUUCCUGACCUUUCAAAGGCCAUCUUGAACAUAACAGAGGGGUGUGAAGGAUUUCAGAUUCAGAAGAAAUGGUUUGGCGAUGCAACUCCUUCCCCUGAUUAUGGGAGUCCGGAUGCUAAUUCCGUACGCCUCAGUUUACGGAGCUUCAAAGGUCUCUUCAUUGUCAAUGGAUUCGCUCUGUGCGUCAUGCUGGUGAUAAACUUGCCUGAGUUCGUUCGUGCCAAUUGCACCGAGCUGAGAAACCUUAGUCUGCAACGGGCUCAAAGCAGUGGAGAAAUUGCUAGUGACAGUGAACCACAACAGUUGCAGAACAACAACGCUGCGCCUGUGGAGCCGCUCCAGAUCGAGAGGGAGACCAACUAGGAUGUUCUUGUUCGGUUGCUUCGUUUAGGUUUUUCCCUUCAUAUUUGAGCUGCAAGAAAAUCUCAUAUGUAGUGGUAAAUUAUGGGAGUAUGGGAUUUUUUUUGAGACGUCACGUUUUUUUAGUUAAAUUGUGAGCUCUGCUGAAACUCCA